UUUAAACUACAAUCAAGAGGAGAAGCUAGGAGCCAAAAUCCAGUACGGGCACUUACAAAAUCAUUACGUGUCCCUAUGUUUGUAAACAAGUUUCUUUGAAGCAAAAGCUUUUAUUUCUUUGAGAAGCCUAGAACAGUACUUCAUUUUCAACAACGAAAACAAUGGCAGAUGGGUUUGACCCUUGUGAGUGUGUGUGGAGUCAUGAGAAUGCCAUGCAGAGACUGAUGAACCUGUUAAGGAAUUCCCAAGAUGCUUGUACAGAUACACAAUGUUUCAAUGAAUUGCCAGGUGGGGACCAAGCUCCGGAUGGUGGAUUCAACACCAUGAUGUUGAUGUUGUUUGGCUGGCUUGUCAUGGCAACGGCGCUCUUCUUGUUCAGACCACGCAACAUGCGCAACCUCGGUGACACAAAACCAGCAAACAAUGAUCGUGGAAAUCCACCCCCACCAUCUCCUGGUGUGCACUAAAGCAGAGGCCAUAACAGAGAAAAAAAUGAAUUGUGGGAGAAAAAAUUUCCUCUACUAUAGACAAUAAAAUGCAAUUUAAUGAAAGAGGAUCUAAUUAUUUGAUAUUUAUGAUAGAAUGACAAAUUUAAGUACUCUAUUGCAUCUUAUUUUUUUAACAUUAUGAUAGCCUGUCUCUUACAUUUCAUCCUGUGGCAAAGCAUACUGAUUUCUAAAGCAGAUAUUUUUGUCUGAAAUAGAGGAAAUUUCAAUGGGAAAACAUUAUUUGACUUGAAACAGAAAAGAUUGUUUUGAAGCAUAAUUCUUCAAUAAGAUUUGUGAAAUGUGAUGUUGCAAACUUUUCUGAUUAAAGAUAUUGGUAUAUAAUUUGUUGAUAUAGACAUCUUUUCUAAAACUAUAAGAUACAAUUCCUCCAAAAUUGAUUUGAAUAUUAGCGAGUCUGUAAAAUUAUGAGCUUAGUUGUAGUGAUUAUUGUUUAGUCACAACAAGCUGGUCUUAUAUGUGUUCUCAGAUUCCCUUGUCACUCUGCAAAACUUAGUUCAUAUAAAGCCAUACUGUUGAUAAAACUGAAGGUCAGUCUCAAAACUCCUGUAUCUGAUUGGUUGUGUCUCCGUAUAAUUCAGAAAUUGACCAGUGAUAUGGAUGCACCUUUAGACUAGAACCUAAUUUAGUUUUUAUUAUCAGGAAACCUGGUUCAAGGUUUAUAGAACCAGUCUCAGAAUUGAACCUUGCCAUUGGUUAGUUUCAGAAUUGAGCUCAGACUCAACCAAUCUUUGACUGGUCUUCAGAUCUUUGGCCCUGAUGUAGAUCUAAAUGAGUCAUUUUUUGUGAGGAAUGUAUUCAUGAUAUUUCGAGGGUUGAAUGGAAAACUCAUCAUUCACAUUUAGUAAAGAACUGGUUAUGACUGUUUUCGGUUCAGUUUUUGAAUUGGUCAUGUUUGUAAGGCUGGUGAAUGAUAUUGUUGUCUACUUAGAACUGUGAUUUCUGUAUAUGUGCAAUGGUUAUUUUGGUUUGUGGUUACCAUAGUAACACAUUCAGUUUGUAAAUAUUUCUCAGUUGUUUCUUUCAAUUUUGCAGUUAGAAUUUAAAGGAAGCUAAAAUCUGAUGGUAAUGCUUAUUCAGCAAGCUUGUGCUAACAUGUAAGAAAAAGUGCUUUACUUCUUUAACUUUACCCAUAAACUUUUCGGAGGACUAAAUAUCCACUGGAAAUGUUAUUUUGUAAUGUAGUCCUACCCUUCAUAUAAGUUUUUAAUUGUCAGAUAUUUUUAAAAGUGUAACAUUUAAUUGAACAUGAGUUUUGACCUAUUGCAAAUCGUGCUUUUAGAUUAUUAAGUGGUUAGUACUGCAAGUUUAACAAUUGAUAUCUAAACAAAAGGUAAAGUUUUCUCCUCAAAGUGUGUUGACAUUGUUGAAUGUGAUUGAUGCCUCAAAUGUCUUAUAUACUUGUUUCUUUUAUUCAUUAGUUAUUUCUUAUUCAUAGCAUUUAAAGUGAUGAAUGUUUGAUCAGGUAUAGGCUCAUGAAAGAAAAUGACUCAAUUUUAUAAAUUACGUAUUAGACAUUUAUGAUUGUGUUAAUUAGAGAUCAUCGAGGCAACGUACAUGUUUUUAUCACGCUUUAUUUGCAUUUGUUUUGGGUUCUUUUUUGUUUUGUUGACUACUUUAUUAGCUUAUUGUCCCAUUCUUUCUCCAUCAGCACUAUUUUAGUCUACAUAUUUUUUUGGUGAAAUAUGAUUCAUACUGCCUUUCCUUUAUUAUGAAUAUUUUAUUGCAUUUCAUGUGGGUUUAGGUCUGUCAUCAUAAAAUUUAUAAAAAAGCUUAAAAUACAACAAAUCUGUCCUGUAAAAUGCAUAACAUUUAGGUUUCUAUAUUUCCUGUGUUAUAUAACCAGUGUGAAGGGGGUUUUAAUCAAUACUUAUGAAUAAUAAAAUGUAAGUUAUACUUGUGAAAACAACAAUACAUUUAGAUAAUGUUUCAAUGUAUUCAAAAUGUUUUCACUGUGUACAAAAGCUAUGUGAAGAAACUUUGAUACAAAAAAAUGAUUAAAUUUUUUUAUCUUGCCAAUUUGUUAAACUAAGAGAUUUUAUUUUUGUGUUUCAGUUGUACUAUAAGGCAGAAUGAUGUAAAAUCUAUAUUAUUCUGGGACAUUCCUGUAAUAUUUUGCUCCCUGUCUGUCCCUAUUUUUUUUCAAUAUAUUGUUUAUUAUGCAACCAUAUAAACUGCUUGUUUCUUUUUGUAUGCACAACCCUUGCACUUGUUCUUACUGACAUGUAUUUUCCUGAAUAUAGUAUAUGUUAACUUUGUAACCAGUCCAGCUGGCCUGAAAGUACACAUUAUCUGCAUGCAUGUGUAUCAGUGUACUUAGAUGACUGGCAUAUGUCUUCUUUUUUUAUGCCCCCAAAGGGAGGCAUAUUAGUUUUCAACUGUUCAUCCAAUCGUUCGUUCAUCACAAAGUUAAACUUUUUGCAUGAAGGCACUUAACUCAGGAACCACUGUACCGAGGACCUUCAAACUUCACAUGCUGAUAGUACUUAUUGAGUACAUGACCCCUACUGACUUUGGGGUGACCAGGUCAAAGGUAAAGGUCACAGGGGCCAAUGUUAACUCGUUCGUUCGUCAUGUUAACUUUUUGCAUGAAGGCACUUUACUCGCGAACCACUGCACCUAGGACCUUCAAACUAUACAUGCUGAUAGUACUUACUGAGUACAUGACCCCUACUGACUUUGGGAUCACCAGGUCAAAGGUCAAGGUCACAGGGGCCAAUGUUAACUUUUUGCAUGAAGGCACUUUACUUGCGAACCACUGCAUCUAGGACCUUCAAACUUGACAUGCUCAUAGUACUUAUUGAGUACACGACCCCUAUUGACUUUGGGGUCAAAGGUCAAGGAAAAAAAAUGUAUAAAUUAGCAAGCAUAAGGAUCAUGUUGACAGACAAUGUUUGUUUCAUAGUUUGCUGUUGACUGAAUAUGGAUACACUGUCACUGAAAUCAAUAAACUGUAAAAUCUGUUAAUUCCUUUGGUAUAGAUUUUGUGAUUUUUGUGGAAACAGCUUUUUGGUUGGGGUAUGUAUUGGGGGAUAUUUAUAUAAGGAGAUGAAACAACAGGAAUUUUAUAUGUUUGUUAAUAUUUAAUUUCUUAGCCUAACCAAACCGCAAAAUUAGUCCCAGAUUUGAAUGAUUUCCAAGUGAUGUUACCCACACACACAAGUCCAUGUAUAUCUUGUAUUCGUUCAACAACAGAGCAUGUCUUGAAUUUAUUAUGCUGCCUCCUAUAUACUGCAGAAUUUAUCCUAUCUGGCACUAUGUUCACAAAACAUGUUUCGGUCUCAGCUGAGUUUGAGCUUGAAAUUUUAAUACCAGUUUUACUAAAAUUUCAAGGUUAAUUCCAACUGAGACCAACCAUCAAUACUGAAAUGCCAUUUAAAAAAAGUUGUUAACUUAAAAUUUAUUUUUAAACAUGAUAUUUAGGUAUAAAUGACAAAUAAAGUUUCAUUAUCAAACUCCGCUUUUUUUCUGAAAAUGUUUUGGGAACACAGGCCUGGACAUCACUAAAAAUAAAAAAAAUCUAUGCGGAACAACUCCUAACCUUGUAUGGAAUAACUUACCUGUUACAAGCCAUAACAUGUUGUCACUUGGCCAGCUGAAAUGCUAGACAGUAGGAGGAGGCAAGGAAAAUGUGCUUCAGUAUUUAACUGCAUCUAUACACAUGCUGCUGUCAUAUUGUUCUUGUAUUACUUAUUUUGCAUUUUGUUAUUGUUGAAUUUGUUGUUUCUGGUGUUUUGAAUUAGAAAUGGUGUGAAGAGUUUUUGCUAACAAGAAAAAGCGGGAGCUUAAAGUAUUUGUCAUUCUGUUGGAAGUUAUUAAUUUCUUGAAGGUUUGAGUACUUUGGUGGCAAAAUUAAAACUCUAUUAAAAUCCUGAAAAUAGAUGCACUACUUUUUUUAAGAUAGAAAAAAUGUUUUAACAUGAAAUGUCAUUAUUUUGUUAAGAUCUGGAUAUAUUUUCUACUGUUAAUAAAUCAUAUGGUGAUAUUGAUAAUGUUCAAAGUUGUAUUAUUUUCUUGAAGUGAUUUUUGUACCUUUUUAUGAGUAUGAAUUUUGACAAGAAAUACCCAUGGUUGGAUGAUAAUUAAAAAAGUUGGCAAAAUCUGAAGACACCACUGUAUAUUUCUCUCAGCUUCUUGGCCAGUUACCUCAAAAACUGACCUUAUCUGUUAUGCUUUAAUGUAUUUCUUCCUAGUAUAAACAGAUAACAAUCUAACAAUUAUAUCACUGUUGUGGGUUUGAAACCUUGCUCAGGGUGUAGAAUUCUUAUAAUGUUGGGAGUUCUACCCAGGUGCCCUGCUUGCCAGUGAUGGAAUAAUACAUGGACGGGCACCUGGGGUUUUCCUCCACCAUCAAAAGCCGGAAGGUUAUCAUAUGAUCUAUAACUGUUUCAGUGUGAUGUUAAAUCUAGCAAAAAUGAUAUAUUCAUACUUAAAAGAACAAGGUUUAGUUCAGAUUCAGGUUUAGACUGUAUCUUCAAAGUAUCAGUUCCAUGUCCAGGCAACAAUGGGGCUUAAAAUAUACCCUGUGAAUUUUUCCAUUUUCUGUACUGACUAAACUUUUUGUGCAGAAAUAACCGUUAAAGUGACUAGAAUUCUUCUUUGAAGUUCCAUUAUUAAUUUGAUUUUAAAAACUGUAGCCAAGAAGUUGUGAAAGAAAUUUCAUAUUUUUCUGACACACAUUUAUGUAAUUUUAUCCUGAAAAUCAUGUGGAAAUAAAGGGAUCAUACUGCACAA